AGGCGACCUGUGCUUGUCCCAGUGUUUACGCGCCGCCAGAGCAACAUGGCAGCGUUGCGGUCCUCCUGCCUGGUUCUCCUCAGGAAUUGUUCCAUUACCCUUGUCACUCCCAGUCUACCCCACAGAACUUUGAGCCGUGUGACACAGAGACGGGUGGCGAGUGCCGCGGGAGCUACCAGUGGACUAAAAUGGGUGGCGUUAAGGUCAUACGCGUCGAGAAGUGUGGGGCCGGACAAGUCUGCGGGCUCUGUGGGCCUUGCAGACGAACUCUUAACAGCCAAAGUGCACGGUGAGCUCAAGGAGCAGACGACAGAGGACCAGCAGCAGGGCGAGCAGAACAACGAGAAGCAGAAGGAAAAGGAGAAGACCUGGAGGACACUCAAAUACUCUUUUAUCGGGUUUGGCGUUAUGAUGACCGGCAUGAGCGGCUUCAUGAUAUGGACUUGGGGUUCUCCAAAUGUUGAUAUGCAAGGUAACGUUAUACCAGAUGAAUUUUCCAAUAUGCCAGCAGUCAAACAGUAUUUGUACCGCACCUGGCAGGGCAUGCAUGCUAUGAAUAAAAUGAUCCAGGAGCCAUCACGCGAGAAGCUCUUGCCAGACCCAUUAAAAGAGCCAUAUUUUCAACCAACUUACACACUAGUCCUGGAGCUCCGUGAUGUUCUAGUGCAUCCAGAGUGGACGUACGAGACUGGUUGGCGGUUUAAGAAACGUCCCGGUGUAGAGUUCUUGCUGCAUCAUUGUGCUCCUCCACUGUUUGAAAUUGUAAUUUACACCAAUGAGCAAGGUUUUACUGCAUACCCAGUGAUUGAUCACCUGGACCCAAACAACUACGUAUGGUAUCGGCUAUUUAGAGACUCGACUCGAUAUGUUGAUGGUAAACACAUUAAGGACCUCAGCUGUCUGAACAGAGAUUUAAGCAAGGUGAUUUGUGUAGACUGGGACAGCGAUGCAGUCUCGUCUCCUCGCAACCACCUCAAGGUUGAUCGCUGGGAUGGUGAUAUGAACAAUCAAUCUCUCUUAGAGUUGGGCUUCAUGCUGCGCACUAUUGCAGAAUCAGAAGUGUCAGAUGUUCGUGAAGUCAUUGAUUAUUACCGCACAUUCGAUAACCCUCUUGCUGCUUUUCGAGAGAACCAUCGUAAGGCACAGGAGCAAGAGUUGUUGUUGCAUCAGAAGGUUGAAGAAGAACGACAACAAAAGAGUUUUACAAGUUCGUGGGCAUCGUCCUUUCUUCGGAGGCGUUAGUUUAAAGUCGACAUGGUGACGCCAUGUUAGGGUACGUUUUGUAAGAAACACUAAUUGGUAAAAUAAGUGUGAUUGAUAAAAAUGCAAAUUAUUGUAUUGCCACUUAAGGGAACUUUACAGUCAGAUAAACUGUUGUUGCUUCAUCAGUUAGUGCUUCAGAUUUCCCAUUAUUAUUUUGCUUCCAUAUUGAAAAAUAUCUAACAAGGUAAUGGGAAGAUAAACACAUUACUUGGCUGUUAAUCUGGCUCAUUUUACAUCAGAAAUGUUUAGGUGAAUCAGUUCCUGUGAAACAGUAUAUAAUUUAUACAAAAUAAGAGAGCAAGUGUAUUUGGGUAGAUUUCUGCUUGAGCCAGUUUGUUUGGUAAGAGAAGCCUGGCAAAGUUUUAGUUAACUGAAAUGCAAUGCAUCUUCAGGUACCUUAGCAGUAUACUGUGCUCUAGUAGACAAGAGGAUGGCAUCAUGUGUUUAAAUAUGUAGAACUGUCCAGUUGAACAUACAAACCCAGUUGGUCCUUUGCAUGUACUGUAAUCUACUGUACAUAAUGACAUCAGAAAUCAAAGCUGUGCAGUGAAAAACUUUUAUGUAAGGUAUGUUAAAUCUUAAGAUGUACUUCCAAUUAUUAUUUAGUGUUAUGAAGGGCAAGAUGUUUUCUUCAUAAUUACCAAUAGUUAAUUCCUGAUAAUUAAGUUGAAUAUAUUAGCCUAUGGAAGAAAAGUGCACAAAGCAUGGGACGCUGGCUUAAACUUUCUUCAUUCUGGUGAUCGAACCUCUUGCUGGGACACUCAGUUUAUGGUUGGAUCUAUGUAGUUUCCAGUGUGAUAUUGUUUGUAUAUACAUUUAUUUUUGUUAUAUUUGUCCUAUAAAAUCUAUAUUGUCACUGUUGAUUCAUUUGUGAUGGGUUAUAUAGGACAAACUUAUAAUUGUAAAUGGAUUGGUUGGAAACCAGUGUUGGUGUAGUACUGUACUGUACCAAAAUGUUUGAUGAAAGCAGAAUUUUUCAAUUGGCAUAAAAUAAUUUCAUUGUAUAAAUUAAUAUUUUUUGGAAAAGGUAAGCUUGGUUCAUGUGUGCAUUGUGUUGUAUUCUGCAGAUGAUGAGCUACAGGUAGAUGGGCUAAGCUGUACUCAUGUCAUCUGACUGUAUGCCAGUGUUUGGGGGAGAGUGCAAGGAAGACUACACAAAAUGUUUUCCCUAUGUGUAUCCUCGCAGUUUCCUCUGAUCGUUUUCCAGAAUUUGUAAAUAAAGGAAUAUUUGAUUUGCUCCU